AUGAGAUUCUCCGCUAUCUUCACCCUGGCUUCUGCCACUGCCGCCAUGGCCAUGAACUCCACUCCUGCUCUCUUCGCUCGUCAAUCGACUGGUGCCGUCUGCUCAAACGGAGAGUCUGCCUGCGGUUCUGGAUGCUUCGAUCCUAAUGCCUACAUCUGCUGCGGUCAAGAGGGUCAGGUCUGCCCUACUGGCAACUGGUGCUCUGGCGCCAACACCUGCUGCCCCAUCGGUCAAAACUGCGACGGGCAAGGACCCUCGACCACUAAGGGUUCAUCUGCCACCAUUGUUCAGUCCGGAUCUACCAUUCUUGGAAGCUCAGCAUCAUCUGCAGCCGCAUCAUCUGCUUCUCAGUCCUCUGUUUCGCAGUCUUCUGCUCCAGAGUCUUCUGCGUCGCAAUCUUCCUCUGCUUCCUCUUCUCUUUCCUCAAUCUCUUCUUCUGCGUCAUCUGCGUCUUCCGCCGCUGCAUCUUCUGCUUCAUCGAGUCUGACAUCAAACGCCGCAGCCGCAUCUUCUGCCGCAAGCAGUGCCAGCUCCAGCAUGUCUUCGGCUGCUUCAUCUGCUUCUUCCUCGGGAUCCAAGGCCGCUUCUUCCAUGAGCAGCUCUAUGUCGUCUGCUGCAUCUUCCGCUUCUAAGUCUGCCUCAUCUGCUGCUUCCUCGGCUUCCAAGUCUGCUUCUUCUGCUGCUUCGUCUGCCUCCAGCUCGGCAGCUGCAACUUCUUCUGGCGCCGCUGUUGCUGGUCCUGUUACCAACUUUGGUCUUGCCCUUCUCGGUCUUGCUGCCCUUAUCUAA